GCUUUGGGGCGAGGUCGCCCCCUGCGCGCUGAGGGGGCCGGGCCGGGCCGGGCCGCCGAGACCCGCCGCUUCCACCUGUGCCUUGCCCCGUGCGCGGCCUCGGCCCGUUACUGCCCCUUUGUAGAGACGGGGAAGGUGAAGGUCGGGGGCGCUGAAUGAGUUUACCGAGGUCGGCAGCUCGUGCAGGGCCAGGUCUGAACCCUGGCGCCUGGAUUGUGUUUUAACUGCCUGGCGGUGCUCUGAAAGGCCAGGCCGUGUGUCCAGGAAGCAUCAUGAGCAGACUGGCGGAGCGGGCGCCAGCCGGCGGUACCACUCAGCACGCCCCGGGUGCCGGCGCGUAGCUGCCCGGUGCACCGAGUGCCCCGCACCCUGUCUCAGAGGGGACCCCGACGAGGACAGUGCAAAGUGCACAAUACUAGUAGGUGCUUCAGGACAAAACUGCCGGCAUUUCAGAGAAAGAAGUAUUUGGGGCCAGGAAGAAAUUGUGGAAGGGGUGGCAUUUCGCUGGGCCGUGAAGUGCUACUUGAAUUUGGACACUGAGAAAUUAGGAGGCCAGACUUAGGCAGUGGCAGGAGCAAAGUCCCAGAGAAGAGAAUGUGAGAAGGGGAAUUAGAUGGGAAAGGGAGGGUGAGGUGAGAUCCUGAAGGGCUUUUUCAGUCCUGGCCACUUGGCUCCCUAGGUGUUAGAAAGCAAUGAGUUGGAUGGCAGGGGUUAGUAAGAGAAUAGAGACAGAGGCCAGAGAGGGGCUUUAGAAUUCAUUUAUAACCUUAGCCUCAAGGAGAAGUCUACCUGUGAAUGUACCACAUUAUGAAAGUGUAUUAGGAUACAAGCUCUCUCCUAGGACAGAGAGACCCCAAAAUAGAGUGGCUUACCUACAGGACUUAACUUGUCUCUCCCAUAACCUUCCAGAGAGGCAGCUGUUUUGCACAGGGUGGGCCAAGCACUCAGAUUGUCUCUUGUUGGCCAGAAUUUACUCACAUGGUAAUACCUAGCUCCCAGGGCGGCUGGGGAAAAUGGCCACAAACUGUGUGGCCGCGUGCCAUUGGGCAGUGUUUCAUAGCUCAAGGGAAGACGUAUUGUCUGCAUGGUAGGGACAGUUCGUCUCUGCCACAGAAACAUUUCUGCUCUGUUUGGUAGAUAUUUCAUCUUGAAGCUUUUGCCAUCUGCAGAGCAUAAUUUAGACCAGUGCUGCUCAGUAGACUUUCUAUGAUGAUGAAGAAACUUCUCUUUUCUGAAUCAUCCAGUAUGGUCACCGUGAGCCACAGGGGCCAUUGAACACUUCACAUGUAGCUAGUGCAGUUUAGGAAGUGAACUUUCAUUUUUAACCACAGUUAGCUGGUGGUUAGUUUUUUAGACAGUGUACAUCUGGACCAUGGGAUUGAAAGGGCGUGGUUAGGCUAUCAUUGAAAGUGUCUGGCCCAGUAUCAUCAUCCCCCUUUUCUCAUCUGAAAAGCCCAAGUGCAUGGUUACCUUUCUGUUUGGUGAGUGAGACAUAAGUGGUACAAACUGAAAUAUCCAUCUUCAGUUGUUCCAUUAGCUGCCAAAUCCUCACUUCCAGCAUCUCUUUCAGCUGGGACGGUGCCGGAGCGUGAAGGAGUUUGAGAAGCUGAACCGCAUUGGGGAAGGCACCUACGGCAUCGUUUGUGAGUGGUUGAGAUGGGAGGCCAGGAGCUUAGGAAAGGCCCACAGUAGCUGUGUUAGGGCUGGAAGGUGCCAGGGCAAAAGCCUGUACAAGUGAUUACCUGUCUGAAUAACCAUAAGAUUUCUAGUGUGUAACUGUGAGUGGCCGUAACUGUUUCAGCAGUAAAGUGCAAAACUCCCAAAAGCAGCCAGAGCUGUAGCUUGCAGCAGCUGCAACAUUGGUGUGCAUCCCCCUGCUAAGUAUUUGGAAGUUUCACAAAUCAGCACAAUGUUUUGAGGAGCCAUCUUUGUGCAAAAUAAGUGUUCUUUUUUUUUUUUAGAUAAAGUACCUGAUUUGGUGCUAGAACAUAGUAACAACAGAACACCAAGCAGUGAUCUGCAUACUAACUCAAAGGGAAACUUAGAGGAAGCUUGUUAUAACUAGGCACCCUGUACCCAGGGCAAACAAGGACUCCCCAAGAGCGUGUGUCUAGUGGGGCCACAGGUGUUGGGUUGCACAGGGUAAGGACCAAGUGUCACUGGGCACCUGGUUGUCGAAGAAGAAAAAGGGAACCCCAGAUGUCAGGAAGAAGCCCUGUGUGGCACAAGGGUGUGCAGUUGGGGAGCAGGUUGGAUUCCAUCACAGAUGAGUUUGCAUCCCAGAUCGGGCUCGGGACACCCAGACCGACGAGAUUGUUGCCCUGAAGAAAGUACGGAUGGACAAGGAGAAGGAUGGGGUCCCCAUCAGCAGCCUUCGUGAGAUCACACUGCUCCUCCGCCUUCGCCAUCCAAAUAUUGUGGAGCUGAAGGAGGUAGUUGUGGGGAACCACCUGGAGAGCAUCUUUCUGGUGAUGGGUUACUGUGAGCAAGACCUGGCCAGCCUUCUGGAGAAUAUGCCAACGCCCUUCUCUGAGGCCCAGGUCAAGUGCAUUGUGCUGCAGGUGCUCCGGGGCCUCCAGUAUCUACACCAGAACUUCAUCAUCCACAGGGACCUGAAGGUUUCCAACUUGCUCAUGACUGAUAAGGGCUGUGUGAAGACAGCGGAUUUUGGCCUGGCCCGGGCCUAUGGCAUCCCAGUGAAACCAAUGACACCCAAGGUGGUCACUCUGUGGUACCGAGCCCCUGAACUGCUGCUGGGAACCACCACACAGACCACCAGCAUUGACAUGUGGGCCAUGGGCUGUGUCCUGGCUGAGCUGUUGGCCCACAAGCCCCUUCUCCCCGGCACAUCUGAGAUCCACCAGGUUGACCUGAUCGUACAGCUGCUGGGGACACCCAGUGAGAACAUCUGGCCAGGCUUCUCCAAGCUGCCACUGGUCAGCCAGUACAGCCUGAGGAAGCAGCCUUACAACAACCUGAAGCACAGGUUCCCGUGGCUCUCAGAGGCCGGCUUGCGUCUACUGAACCUGCUCUUCAUGGCGACGGCUGGGGACUGCCUGGAGAGCUCGUACUUCAAGGAGAAGCCCCUGCCCUGUGAGCCGGAGCUCAUGCCCACCUUCCCCCACCACCGCAACAAGCGGGCCGCCCCAGCCGCGUCUGAGAGCCACAGCAAGCGCUGCAGGCCCUGACUGCCUGAGGCCCCUGCCAGCCAGGCUGACAGGCUCCUGAGAUCCAUCUUGACCCUUGGCUAAGACUCACCAGCUGCUUCGGCUGACUGCACGGAUUCCUGCCGCCUCCACCUACCACUGCCCCAGAACAGCAGGGUGUAGAUAUGGGGUGAUGCGGGUGGGUGCGCCCUGAGGCUGUCCCCACCUAUGCUGUGAUGGCGCCCUCUGGUGGCCAUGCGGGUCCUGCCCACUUGGCUCCUAGAAACUCAGGAAGCGCCCACUGGGCCCCUCAGUGGAUAUUGCAGCUUGGGGUGUGCAGGCCUCUCAUGGUUGCUGUGUCCUCUCGGUCACCCAGGCCUGCCCGGGGCAGGGAGAAGCUGUGGUGGGACUCUGUAGGAAGGAGGGAUUGGAUGUGGUUUACUGGGGUCUGGGCCAUGACCACUCUGAGACCCCAGAGGAAGAGCCCUGUUGGGGUUGGUGCUGCAGGAACUCAGAGAUGAAAGCUUUCCUGACAGA